GCCUCACGGCCAAGCAUUUACGAAAAAAUAUUAUUAUUAUUUCAUUGCUUGAAUAUGUUGUGGGGAUUAGGGGGGGUAUGGGGAUACGGGAAUGCACUAACUUUUUUCGUCUUUAAGUACAGGCGCCGGACAGGAUCUUGAUAAUUUUCUUUUUCAGAAAUAGGGGUAAAAAUUAUGACAACAUUUCACGAUUAUUCCAGAUCCAUAUUUCGAUGCGGGUUCUCUAUGCUAGUAUAUAUGGGCAUUUAAUUUUGCCAGGCGAUUGUAAAACAUUAUAAAAGGAUAUUUCUAGAGAAGCGCUUUGGUAUUUCUUUUCCUCCAACAAGUAAAAAAUAUCAAUUUCACAUAAAACUAAUAAAGCAAAAUCUAUCUAUCUAUCUAUCUAUCUAAAAAAUGUUCUCAAACUCAGAUAUUUUCUUGAUCGCAGUCUUCGGCAUCACAAUUGUAUUUUACGAGAUGUUGAGCCGUGGUGUCCUAACUAUGGAAAUGAUCCAGGAUAUUUUUUCGGGAAAUAUAAGCAUUUAUUUAAUCUUUGCCAUUACUAUCUUCUUUUUUCGCAAAUAUCUAAUGGGAUCGCGAGAUAAUAAUCUUGAAAGAACCGUCUUAACAUUAAGUAAUGAGCUUCAAAGAAUGCGUACAGAAGCUGAAUGGAGAAAUGAUACAGCAUCUCAAGCAGGAUCAAAUCGAUUCUCUUCCACAAGUCACGUUUCCAUGGGACAAUAUUCCGAAUAUACGGAUGAAUAUGAAACAUACUGGGUCGAAUUUACGGCCCUUUUUAAUAAUAGGAGGAAAAGAGAAGGUCGUUCUCCAACGCAAUUGUACAAUAUUUUAUCAAUCGAAAUCGGUCUUAGCGCUAGCACAUUAGCUAGUUUUUAUCGACAUCAAAAAUCACCAAGAAGAACUUCUAUAGAUAAAAUCAUCGAAUGGGUUGAAAAGGAGGGAAAUAAGAAAUCAGUUAGUUUUUCUGAUAGUAGCAGUAGUAACAACAGUAGCAGUAGCGGUAGUGUUAGAGGAAGUAUCGGUGGAGGUAAUAUUGCGAAAUAACUUGAUGCUGGGACUCUCAUUUAUGGCUUAGGAUCCGAGAACUCCCUCCCUCUUUGAUAGCAUCAUUUAUUUCAAUCAUUACUUUCUUCUGGU